AUGGAAGUUUUACCAGUUUAUGACGCUUUUCCUUUAACAAUUUGUUACUGUGUUGCUUUUAUUUCCAUUUCUGUUGUAAUUAAUAUUGGCACUCUUAUAUCGUACCGAAGACAUGCAAAACUAACUUCUUCAGUUAAAAACAAUCAACAAUUACGUCGAGAAAAGACGGAAUAUAAAUUGUUGUUAUAUGCUAUUUUGACAUUUGUGGGGCAUGCAGUUAUGGCUUUUGAACAAGUAAAUAGACAUUUUUUGAAAUAUUUUUUUGGAUAUUGGAAAUUUGGAAAUUUUGGAAAUUUUUGGAAUUUUUAG